AUGGCGACCAAGGUAAUAUCAUCGGGGUUAAACCCGUUGAAAAAUGGCAGCAGCAGCAGCACUACACAAGUCAAAACAGAGUCGAAACCCCAUGUUCCAGCUAGAUCAUCAAGCGGAGCGAACCACUCACAACAACAACAACAACAACAACAACAACAGCAAUUACCACCAACCACAUCGCAUCAGCAUCCGCAGCAGCAUCAUCUGCAACACAGAGUCAAGUCUGGAAAGCGCUUGGAAUUAGAAAAGUUAAUUCGAGAAUUCCAAAACAAGCUAGGGAAGAAUUGGGAAAAAUACCAUGAAACACUUAGUCUUUUCCUCGUUGGUAAGCUUUCAAGACCGGAGUUGAUAUCAACAAUCACACCUUUCUUGAAGGAGCACAACCUAUUCCGAUACCAUAACAAACUACUCAUGCUCAAUUUUGCCAAUUCAUUAAAAGACGGUGGCUCAUAUGACACCACAAAUGAAUUUGCAUCAUUCUGGAAUAAAAGGCUAUCUAAAAGCACUCGAAAUGUCAAGAGCACUCAAUACGAAAAAUUCAAACAGAAUAUCAUGGGUUUGCCAAUUAAAGAACGACGGAGAAUCAAGAAUAUCACACGGGAUAGUGGAAAGAGAAAUAAACUCAAUGCGGGUAUCACUUUAACAAGACAUACGUUGUUGCCCAAAAUUCCAAUGAUACAGGAUAAGGAGCAACAACAGAUGCAAGUAAACAAUUUGGUUCAAUGGCAGCAAGAUGUAUUGAAUGGUAUCAAUACCCCCAUAGCUACUGAAAACUACGAGAUACCAGAUGCUGAUAAUUUGACCAAGACGAUGUUGAUGAUUAUGAGAGAACAUGGGUUGACUGGCGGACUUAACGCUGGUGUUUUAGAAGUUCUUCUACUAGGAUUGAAAUCUCACAUGAAAAACGUUGUUGAGAGCGCUAUCGACGUGGCCAAAUAUAGGAAAAAUAAGUACACCAAUAAUGAUUAUGUAUCGUACGAGAUGAAAAAUGGCAGUGCAAGCAGCAGCGAUGAGACAAGGAAUUCAAAGAAAAGGAAGUUGGACCAGUCAGAACAGGACAGUGAAGGUGAGACAAACAACAAAGAUAUUAUACUAUCUGUCGAGGAUUUGUACGAUACAUUUGAAAUGUUCCCGCAUUUGAUUGAGCCAGGUGGUCCAAGACUUCGACUCUCAAAUGUUUUACUUGAAAAUGACGAUUGUGUUUUGUCUAAAGAUGAGUUAGGUUACACUUUACCUCCAAAGCCAGCUAGUCUCAUGUUCAGCAACAAUAACAAUAAUAUUAAUAAUAAUAAUAACAACAACAACAAUGGUGUAGCAGUAGUGGAAAAGAAGGCAAUCACAGCAGCAGAAGCUCCAUUGAAUCAAUCUGCAGUAUCUGGCAACAAGACUGGUUUAGUUUUGAAUAACAACAAUAAUAAUGUUACAACCACCGCGACGACGGGCCCAAGCACAAGCACAAGCACACCCGCAACCUCAAACUCUUCAGAUUUACAGUCAAUAAAACCUGGUCAUAAUAGAAAUGGUUCUGGCGUUGAUCCGUUGCAUGCAUUACCUGCACCCUCGUCAGCAUCUCCUUCAUCAUCGUCGCCUCCUACACAAUCACUAUCACAGCAGCAACAACAGCAACAAAAACAACAACAACAACAACAAAGUUUGAAAGCGCAGAUGCAACUGGGCACUUUACCUAGACCGGACGCGCAUAUUGGCUCUACGGAUGAGUUGAAAUGGGUUCUACAUGACCUUGUCUCUACAAUGUAG